GAGCGUGUGGCUCAAACACUUCCCUCUCUGACUGCACUGGCAGUUGUCUUCCCAAAAUAGCCUCCCCUCCACAGCCUUAUAUGUGCAGGCCUGCAGCACGCGCCCGAGGAGGCAUCAUGUAUCUAGGCCACACAAUACGAGCUGCAGGCUCAUUGUUGCUGCUUACCAUCAGGCCCGUCUGCGUCUCAGGGACCAGGCCUCGCCAUGCAUCUCCACCAGCUCAACCGUGAGUGUCUCCUGCACCUUUUCUCCUUCCUGGACAAGGACAGCCGAAGGAGUUUGUCUCUAACCUGCGAGCGGCUGCGUGACGUCUUCCUGGACCCCCGCCUGUGGAACCUGCUCCAUUUUUGCUCGCCCUCUGAGCUGAGGAGAGACAACUUUGUUCUGGGAGUCUCCUUGCGUUACCUGUCCGUCUGCUGGUACUCCAGCAGGGUCCUGAAGGUGUGCAACAUCGAGGACUGGCUUAAGAGCUCCUUCCAGAGGGACAUCUGCAGCAAACAUGAGGGAUUGGUCAGCACCUUUCUGGCUCAUGUCUGCCGCAUGUGCCCGAACCUGCUCUCCUUGAAACUGGCUGGCUGUGGUCACAUCACAGAUCAGGAUGUCGUCUCGCUGUUGCAGAGCUGCAGGAAGCUGCGGCGCCUCCAGCUGGAGAACUGCGUCCGCGUCACGGACCGCAUCCUGGACGGCUUGGUGGCUCACGGCGCCGCCCUGGAGGAGGUGGAGGUGGACUUCUGCAGGAACAUCACACCGGAGGGGCUUAGGUUGGUGCGGGAGAAGAGGCCUGGCAUCCGACUGAGCGCGGAGAGGAGCGCCACCAUGAUACCAGACAGCAAGCCUGAGGAGAAGGUGGCGCUCAGGAGAACCUUGCAGAAACUUCUGCAGUUUUACUGAGAGCAGAGCGCAUGUUUUUACAGGAAUUUGUUUACAAAAACCCAAAACCAGUGGAGUUGGCAUGUUGUGUAAAUCGUAAAUAAAAACAGAAUACAAUGAUUCGCAAAUCCUUUUCAACUUAGUAAGUAAUGAAACAGUGAAGGUUACUCGAACGUCUCGUAUGCCACAUGACCUCUCAAGAGGUUUUCAGAGUGUCGUAUACCAAUGGAUAGGUACCAAAUUCAGUACUUUUAUAGGAACUGACCUAAUCCUGUUGGCAUUACUCUGUAUCGAGUCACGUAAAAUUAUGCCAUGCAAAUAAUGCAUUUCAAUACUUUCUGUUGCUCGGUUGCAAACUACACUGCACUUGGCAAGGAAACAAUCCAUUAGGUCAGGGGUGCCCACACUUUUUCUGCAGGCGAGCUACUUUUCAAUUGACCAACUCGAGGGGAUCUACCUCAUUUAUAUAUAUCAUUUAUAUUUAUUUAUCUAUGAAAGAGACAUUUUUGUAAACAAGUUAAAUGUGUUUAAUGAUAAUACAAGCAUGUGUAACACAUAUAGAUGUCUUUCUUUCACGAAGACAAGAAUAUAAAUUGGUGUAUUACCUGAUUCUGAUGACUUGCAUUGAUUGGAAUCAGACAGUAAUGAUGAUAACGCCCACAUUUUCAAAUGGAGGAGAAAAAAAUGUUGUCCUUUCUAUACAAUACCACAUGAAAGUGGUUGGUUUUUGGCAUCUAAUUCAUCCAGCUUCCAUACACUUUACAAGAAAAACAUUGGCCGCAAAUUCCGUAGCUUGCAUCACUUGUGCACGCCAGCUUUCUGAGGGAUCGCUUGUGCACGCCAGUUUUCCGAGACUCUGUAUUUAGUUAGCGCAGGCAGCAUGAAGCAGGGCUUUUAUUGUGAAGAUAGGAAAUGUGCAGUCGGCCUUUAGAGUUUUGACGGAAGGUACGGCGCGAGAGUCUGUUGAAAUAAAAAGUGUUUCUCGCCUUCCUCUCGGUCAUAUUUAAUAAUAAUGAUCUUGCAGCAGCCAGCGUCAUCUCACAAGACCCUCCGGUACCGUGAAUGUCAUUUAAGUGACGUCUUGGUGAAGAUUGAUGAUCACUAAUUUUUAGGUCUAUUUUAUUUAAAAGCCUGGCUGGAGAUCGACUGACACACCCCCCGCGGUCGACUGGUAGCUCGCGAUCGACGUAAUGGGCACCCCUGCAUUAGGUAGUACUCAGCCAAACUGCCUCUGGGUAAUGUUGCAAUUUUCCUUGCCAUUAAAGAAAGUACACCUGAUAUUAAACAGUGUGACUCCACUUCUCCAAAAUGCACUGGUUUGAUGCUAAUUCACAUUGGCUUUGCCAUAGUCAUGCUGCUGAUUAGCAUUAGCGAUUUUACAAGCCGAUUUCAACACCUCCAAAUUUGGUAUUUAAAACUACAACUAAGAUGACUGUCCAAUCAAACAGCAGGUGUGUAAUAAGUACGAUACUUACUGACUAAACACUAAGAAUGGAUUAGCAUAUUCAACUUUAUGGCAGAGACUACUUCCUAGCUAAGGCAACACACGAGUUCAGAGUUGUGUAUAAAGAGAGUAUGGCCAACUAAACAACAGGCGCCAUGACUGCUACCAAGGAUGUUGUUUUGAAGUUGGUUUUUCUGUCGAUAUAAAACAAAAUAAAGCAUCUAUUAUUUUGGCGAAAUUGGGACUUUAGUGUGAAGUAUGCAGGAAUGUACAGUGUGAGUAAUUUAUUUGCAUUUGCGACUAAAAAUAGGUUGUGCGAGUAUAAAAAAUUGGCGCACAUGUGCGAAUACAGAUAUUAACCUUUUAAUUUACAUUUAACUCCAAAAAUAAAUACAUGGACAAGUGAUUGGACGGCGUGGCGCAGUGGGAGAGUGGCCGUCUGCAACCCGAGGGUCCCUGGUUCAAAUCCCACCUAGUACCAACCUCGUUGUGUCCUGAGUAAGACACUUCACCCUUGCUCCUGAUGGGUGCUGGUUGGCGCCUUGCAUGGCAGCUCCCUCCAUCAGUGUGUGAAUGUGUGUGUGAAUGGGUAAAUGUGGAAGUAGUGUCAAAGCACUUUGAGUACCUUGAAGGUAGAAAAGCGCUAUACAAGUACAACCCAUUUAUCAUUUAUUUAUUUAUCAUUCACAGAUGUGUAAGUUACCCAUGCCUUGGGCACUAAUGCACCCCCAUACCAUCACAGAUGCUCGCUUUUGAACUUUGCGCCUAUAACAGUCUGGAUGGUUUGUUCCCUCUUUGGCCCAGGCAACACGGCGUCCACAGUUUCCAAAAACAAUUUGAAACGUGAACUUGUCAGACCUCAGAACACUUUUUCACUUUGCAUCAGUCCAUCUUAGGGACCAGUGAAGCCGGCGGCGUUUCUGGGUGUUGUUGAUAAAUGGCUUGCACUUUGCACAGCAGUUUUAACCUGCACUUACAGAUGUAUCGAGCAACUGUAGUUACUGACAGUGGUUUUCUGAAGAGUUCCUGAGCCCAUGUGGUGAUAUCCUUUACACACUGAUGUCGCUUUUUGAUGCAGUACCGCCUGAUGGUUUAAAGGUCAUGGGCAUUCAAUGUUGGUUUUUCGGCCUCGCGGCUUACGUGCAGGAAUUUCUCCAGAUUCUCUGAACCUUUUGAUAAUAUUACGGACUGUAUGUGGUGAGAUCCCUAAAUUCCUUGCAAUGUUGUUCUUAAACCGUUCAACAAUUUGCUCACGCAUCUGUUCACAAAGUGCUGACCCUCGCCCCAUCCUUGUUUGUGAAUGACUGAGCAUUUCAUGGAAGCUGCUCUUAUUCCUGAGCCCAUGUAGUGAUGCGAACGUUGUACAGAUCCGUUGUGGUGAAGAAGGAGCUGAGCCGGAAGGCAAAGCUCUCAAUUUACCGGUCGAUCUACGUUCCCAUCCUCACCUAUGGUCAUGAGCUUUGGGUCAUGACCGAAAGGAUAAGAUCACGGGUACAAGCGGCCGAAAUGAGUUUCCUCCGCCGUGUGGCGGGGCUCUUCCUUAGAGAUAGGGUGAGAAGCUCUGCCAUCCGGGAGGAACUCAAAGUAAAGCUGCUGCUCCUCCACAUGGAGAGGAGCCAGAUGAGGUGGUUCGGCCACCUGGUCAGGAUGCCACCCGAACGCCUCCCUAGGGAGGUGUUUAGGGCACGUCCAACCGGUAGGAGGCCACGGGGAAGACCCAGGACACGUUGGGAAGACUAUGUCUCCCGGCUGGCCUGGGAACGCCUCGGGAUCCCCCGGGAAGAGCUAGACGAAGUGGCUGGGGAGAGGGAAGUCUGGGUUUCCCUGCUUAGGCAGUUGCCCCCGCGACCCGACCUCGGAUAAGCGGAAGAUGAUGGAUGGAUGUAGUGAUAUCCUUUACGCACUGAUGUCGGUUUUUAAUGCAGGACUGCCUGUGGGAUCAAAGGUCACGGGCAUUCAAUGUAAGUUUUAGGCAUUGUUGCUUACUUGCAGUGAUUUUUCCAGAUUCUCUGAACCUUUUGAUGAUAUUAUGGACCGUAGAUGGUGAAAUCCCUAAAUUCCUAACAGUAGCUUUUUGAGAAAUGUUGUUCUUAAACUGUUCGACAAUUUGCCCACGUAUUUGUUGACAAAGUGGUGACCCUUGCCCCAUCCUUGUUUGUGAAUGACUGAGGAAAUAAUGGAAAGUUGCUCUUAUACCCAAUCAUGGCACCCACCUGUUCCCAAUUAGCCUGUUCACCUGUGGGAUGUUCCAAAUGAGUGUUUGAUGAACAUUCCUCAACAUUCUCAGUCUAUUUGGCCACUUGUGCCAGCUUUUUCAAAAACAUGUUGCAGGCAUCAAAUUCCAAAUUAGUUCAUAUUUACAAACAAUCAAGUUUACUGGUUUGAACAUUAAAUGUCUUGUAUUUGCAGUCUAUUCAAUUGAAUAUUGGUUGAAAAUAAUUCGCAAAUGAUUGUAUUCUGUGUUUAUUUACUAUUUACACGUGUCAACUUCACUGUUUUGGGGUUUUGUAUAUUAUUAUAGUGUUUAAUGGCUUUUGUGUUAGUGUAUCCUUUUUUCUACACUCACAGACACCCUCAUGUCCUCAUACAAGUGUCAAUAAAAAGUGAGAAUUCCAUUUUUUGAAACAAA